AGCAAUCCGCGAACGCCGGUGGCAAAAUUACCAUCUGCCACGCCGUUGCUUUCUGCCGCCAUUUGCUACAGAAAUUUGAUCAGCUGUGCACCUUCUUCCUUGCUGUGAGUCACGAGAAGGCAACCGCACCUUAACUUUUCCUUCCUUUUCGCGCUACGCAAUGUCCAGCACAAACCCCACCGCACCGCAACCGGAGAGAGGGGAGGGCGAGGUCGCAGCUCCAAGUGCAACUCCUUCCUCUUCACCUGCAGAAGGUGAAAGCCGACAAAAACCGACGGCAUCGCCGACCACUGGCGACGCAUCUCCCGUAGCGGCAACGGCAGAAAACGCGGAGCCGGCGCCGCGCACUACGCGUUUGCUGAAGGACGUGGAGGCGGAAGAGAACCGGUACAUCUACGAGACGCUUUACAAGUCGCUGGAGGAUGAGACGGACACAAACAUCCGCGACGAGCUCACCGUUGGCGACACGGUGCGCCAGGCUCGCGAGGCGAAGCAGGAGUUCUUGAAAGCAACUUCUCUUCCUAUCAAGGAGAAGAUGAAGGGCUGCGCUGCACUGAUGCGCAACCUUUCGGAGGAGCGAAACAAAAAGGUGGCGUACGUCUUUGUAGUCUACAGCGUAUUGAUCUUGACGCUUCCGCUGAUCAUGCUGAUGCUCGGCAUCCACGUGCUGGCGCCGCGGUGGAAGGUGGACGCGACGUACUGCGGAGGUGGGCUCGCGGUGGGGACGGCCUUGGUGUUGGUUGUUUCCUACGUGGUGUACGCUGUGCGGGAGGACAUUGCCGAUUUCAAGCGCACGGCGGAACAGGAGGCCGAGGAGAAGAAAAAGAAAUGA